GCCGCUGCCACCAGCCGGCGCCACCGUCGCCAGGAUCGCCUCCGCCGCUGACGUCACGGCGCCCAACUCUGUCAAACAGGUGAAAUUUACCCACAAGCACAGAGGGAGCACCAUGACUGCCAGCGCUGUGAGGCAGGCCGUCAACUGCGACCGGGCGGCGCGGGGCGACCGGCUCGCUGGCAGUAGCGCCACGGAUUUCUCACGGCCAGAGACUCUCGACAAUGACCCCUGCCGCUCGGAGAGCAAUAACAAUGAUGACAGUGGGAAGGUGGUAGGCAGCCGCCACGCGCAGCAGAACUCGGCAAGGUCGACACCGGCAGUGGUGCGGUCGCGGCGCGACUGCCGGUCCGACCGUCAGGCUCUCGAGUCGCUGCCAUUGCUGUCUGGCAUCGCCGCCGGAUCGGACGGGGUUCCCCCCUACCCGCGCAAGAAGUACACGUACCCCAUUACCGCCAUCGGCAAGGGCGAGAGCAGCGUCUGAGGCCUCCUGCCGACACUGCACAUCGAGUGUUUACGCUUUCUCCUUUGACCUCGUGAACUGAACUGGAAUGCCUGUCGAGCAGUGUUUCUCACUUCAUCAUUGCAAAAGUAAUUGGAGAUAAGAUGAAACGAUAUCAUUUAUCUCUUGAGACUGAGUAAUUCUGAUCUUAAUAUAGAUGAUAAAUGAAAUCUGUAAAAUACAGAGUGCUGCUGUAUGUCAAAAUAAGUGCAGUGAGGUGCUUUGUGACAUUCUUGUUGACAUGUGAAUUGUAUCAGUAUUUUUACCCUGUUCUGUUAUUAGCAGUCUUCGUGUAUUUCUCUGCUUGUGAUGUCAAACAGUGUGUGGUUGUUCCCCUCAGAGAAGCAGAAAUGUUUUUAAUAAAAACU